AAUCAACUCACCACCCCACGCCAACAGUCCAAUACCGCCAAAAUGGGUCGCGUUCGUACCAAGACCGUCAAGAAGUCCGCCAAGGUCAUCAUUGAGCGAUACUACCCCAGAUUGACCCUGGACUUCGAGACCAACAAGCGCAUCUGUGAUGAGAUCGCCAUCAUCGCUUCCAAGCGUCUCCGCAACAAGAUUGCUGGUUACACCACCCACUUGAUGAAGCGAAUUCAGCGUGGCCCUGUCCGUGGUAUCUCCUUCAAGCUUCAGGAGGAGGAGCGUGAGCGCAAGGAUCAGUUCGUUCCUGAGGUCUCCGCUCUGGACUUCACCCAGAACUCCGAGAGCGGCCAGCUCGACGUCGACACCGAGACCAAGGAUCUCCUCAAGCACCUUGGCUUUGAGUCUAUUCCCGUCAAUGUCAUCCCUGUCACUCAGCAGCAGAUUCCCGAGCGUGGACAGCGAUACGGCAACCGCCCUCGCCGCGACUAAAAAAUUGGGUUUGGGAUUUUUAUGGGUGUCUAGCAUUUGCAGGGUUUCACUAUGGCGUCUUUAGGACAGUGAGUGCAUAGUCUCAAAGAAAGACUUUACGACCCCCAAGGUGUCGCCGAUUCUCUGGAGAAAUCCGGGGAUGACGCUUGAUUGCCAA